AGAGCCCCAGCUGCAUGUGCCCGGGGGGGCCCCGCCGAGGAGAGAGAGAGGAGCCAGGGAGUCUGCCGCCAUCGGGGCUGGAUGCAUCGCACUGUGGACCAGCUCGGGGGCCGGGCCGGACGGGAUCCUUUCACUCUCGGUGGCCUGAGCUGCAGCGGGGCCUGGACGUCCUGCCACUCUCGCCCAUGGCUCUCGGGCAACAGGUGCUCCUCCAGCCUUGGCCAGUCCCAGCUGCCGGCGCAUCUCCCGGCCGCCCACAGCGCUCAUGUUGGGCACCCGAGUAAACCCUACUACCCCCCAGGGGGCUGUGUGGGGCCGCGGGCGGUGCCAGGGCAGCUGGAGGCUGUGCAUGGGUGCGCGCAGGCGCUGCUGCGGGACCCGGCGCAGCCGGCGCUGUGGGAGCAGCUGGGGCAAAUCUACGAGGCGGCACAGGACCUGGAGGAGGCGCUGCGCUGCUACCAGCAGGCCGCCCGCUACCAGCGCGACCACCCCUACGGGCCCCUGGCCGCACACAUCGCCCGCCUCCAGCAGGCCCAGCUGUGGAGUUUCCAUGCUGGCUCUUCCCACCACCGCACGAAGGCGCUGCCCCCAUUGCAGCAGGUCUGGAACCUCCUGCACCUCGAGAAGCGAAACUUCUCCAUCAAGCGCAGCCCCCAACUGAAGCGCCCAGCGCCAUCCAUGGAGCCCCCCGUGGUGCAGCCCGUGCCUCCUGCCCACCACGGCCAUGGCCACGGCCACGAGGACCUGCCCAGCCCUGUGAAGAGGAGGAGGAGCACCAGCCCUGACCAGAGUGGGGCAGUGUGUAGCCAGCACCCGCCAGCACCCAGUGCCCCCCACUACCAGCUGCCCAAGCCCCGGCUGUGCAGCCAGGCCCCCACCACUGGAAGUGACCUUACAGAGAGCAGAGUUCCUCGGGCGCCGGCGGACUCGAGCGCUUCACCAGCAACCAUCUCCUGCGUGCCUUACGCCCCACGCCCGCCCCCGCCCACGGGCGGUCCCGCCACCAGCACCACCCCGCGGGGGGAGCAUGGCGCCAGCCUUGGUCCAGACAGGUACCAAACCGUGGCCCUGGAGGACCGGCCCCCGCCCCCUGCCUUCCUGCCCAGCCCGCCCCCCCUGGCCAGACCAAAGCCGCCGGCGUCCCCCUUUGAAUACACCAAGGACAAGCCGGCGCCCCCGCAGCUCUACCCGUUCGGCAAGGCUGAGGAGCGCCGGCCUGCCCCCGCCCCACGCGGGCUCCUCAAGUCCCUGGCUGGUGCGCUGGAGGUCCAGAAGCAUUUGUAUGGCGCCAAGGCCCCCCCAGCCCCCAACCCCGGUGCUAACACGACCGCCCCGGUCGGUGCCAUCCAGGUCUCAUCAUCUCAAUACUCUACCUCAACACCAGCCUGGGCUGGAGGUGCCCAGGAGAAGGAGAAGGAAGGCUCAGCGGAGCCACGGCCGCCCCGCACAGAGUCAGAGGUGCUGGAAGAGAUUAGCCGGGCCUGUGAGACACUGGUGGAACACCCCAAGGGCAAGAGCCGCCGGGUCCUAGCCAACCUCGACUUGCAGAGCAGUGAGAUCCACGCCCGGGAUGGUGCUGCCAAGACCGAGAUGGGCAAGGCCUCCAAGAUGUCAACAUUGCCCUCCACCGCACCCACACCCCAGCCCCUGCCGCGCCCAGCCCGCAGGGAGGAUGUUGGGGGUGGCCCGGCUGUGAUGAGCUCUGCUGACCUUCUCAAGCUGCGCUCAGUCACCGAGGGGCCCCCUAAGGAGCUGAAAAUCCGGCUCAUCAAGGUGGAGAGUGGGGACAAGGAGACCUUCAUCGCCUCGGAAGUGGCAGAGCGGCGCGUGCCCCUGGGCCAGCUCACCAUCAACCACAGCGCUGCCGAGGUCGUCCGGGCUAGCAAGCACGCCAAGGUGAAGGGCAAGUUCAAGGAGUCAUACCUGUCGCCCGCCCAGUCUGUCAAGCCCCACAUCAACUCGGAGGAGAAGCUGCCGCGGGACAAGCUCAACCCCCCAACACCCAGCAUCUACCUGGAGAGCAAGCGGGAUGCCUUCUCACCCGUCCUGCUUCAGUUCUGCACUGACCCCAAGAACCCCAUCACUGUCAUCCGGGGGCUGGCUGGCUCCCUACGCCUCAACCUGGGCCUGUUCAGCACAAAGACGCUGGUGGAGGCGAGUGGGGAGCAUGCGGUAGAAGUGCGCACCCAGGUGCAGCAGCCCUCAGAUGAGAACUGGGACCUCUCGGGCACCCGCCAGGUCUGGCCCUGUGAGAGCAGCCGCUCCCACACUACCAUCGCCAAAUAUGCCCAGUACCAGGCCUCUUCCUUCCAGGAGUCCCUGCAGGAGGAGAAGGACAGCGAUGAGGAGGAGACAGAGGAGCCUGACAGCACCACAGAGACACCCCCCAGCAACCCGGGCCAGAAAUCCCAUCAGAUCAUCAAGUUCGGGACCAACAUUGACCUCUCCGAUGCCAAGCGGUGGAAGCCACAGCUGCAGGAGCUGCUGAAGCUGCCGGCCUUCAUGCGCGUGUCAUCGACGGGGAAUAUGCUGAGCCACGUGGGCCAUACCAUCCUUGGCAUGAACACAGUGCAGCUAUACAUGAAGGUACCUGGCAGCCGUACCCCAGGCCACCAGGAGAACAACAACUUCUGCUCCGUGAACAUCAAUAUUGGGCCGGGCGACUGUGAGUGGUUCGCAGUGCACGAGCACUAUUGGCAGACCAUCAGCGCCUUCUGCGACCGGCACAGUGUGGACUACCUGACAGGUUCGUGGUGGCCCAUCCUGGAGGACCUGUACCAGGCCAAUAUCCCUGUCUACCGUUUCGUGCAGCGGCCCGGUGACCUGGUGUGGAUCAAUGCCGGCACUGUGCACUGGGUGCAGGCCACUGGUUGGUGCAACAACAUUGCCUGGAACGUCGGGCCCCUCACAGCCUACCAAUACCAGCUGGCGCUGGAGCGCUAUGAGUGGAACGAAGUGAAGAACGUCAAGUCCAUUGUGCCCAUGAUCCACGUCUCAUGGAAUGUUGCCCGCACCGUCAAGAUCAGUGACCCCGACCUCUAUCGGAUGAUCAAGUACUGUCUCAUGCAGUCAAUCAAGCACUGCCAGGUGCAGCGCGAAGGGCUACUGCGGGCAGGCAAGAAGAUCGCCUACCAGGGCCGUGUGAAGGAUGAGCCAGCCUACUACUGCAACGAGUGUGACGUGGAGGUGUUCAACAUCCUGCUGGUGACAAGUGAGGCUGGGAGCCGCAACACGUACCUGGUGCACUGCGAGGCCUGCGCCCGGCGCCGCAGCGCCUCCCUCCAUGGCGUCGUGGUACUAGAGCAGUACAAGACUGAGGAGCUCAUGCACAUCUAUGAUAGCUUCACCCUGGCUGGAUCGUCCAGCUCCAGAUGAGCCAUACCCUGCCCAGGGGCUCUGGGCAGAUGGAAUCAGCCUCCGCAGCAGCUGCCACCCCCUGCUGGAGGGGCCUGGCGCCGCCCCCCGGCCCGGCGGCCAAUCGCCAACCGCCACGUGUUUACACCGGGACCUGCUCCGGCCAAUCCAUGACAGGCAGGGUGGAGCCAGAGGAUGCAGCCACUCGCCAUGGGCCAGGCAGGCAGGGGGCCGGGCCCCAUGCCCCCAAGGAGCCAAUCAGCUGACGGCCUGGGACUACGGCCCCACCUCCUCAACACUGUUAAUUUAUUCAUGACAUUUGGGGGGUGGGGGUGGGGCUUUUUUAAUAUUCAGAUAUUUUUUUCAGGUGGAGGGAUUUUAAAGGAAAAAACCCCACAAA